GAUUUGUCCAACUCAGUUAAAUGAGAGAUUUGAGCGAAUCACAUUUUUUUAAAAGACUUAAUUAGAUAGGGUUAAAAUGUUUUUCAAAGUAUUUGUUAAAAACUUUACAGUAGUUUUCUAUCAAAGAGAACAUAAGUUAUCCAAAUUGUUGAAAUAUGGAACAGUAUUCACGGGCUCAGCAGCAUUUUUGUCUAACAAAUCUAAGUCAGUUGAUACAAGUGAAUUUAUGGCUUUACCAAUAACGCCUUUACAGAAACUAUCUUCUAAUCCAAAUGAUAUGAAGACUAGAAUGGAACUUAUGAUUAUGAAGGUGCAAAAAGAGUUUUGUAAAGCUCUCGAGACUGAAGAAGACUGCAACAAGUUUAUUGUCGACAGAUGGGAACGACAAGAGGGAGGUGGUGGUGUGACUUGUGUACUACAAGAUGGAAAAGUUUUCGAGAAAGCUGGAGUUAACAUUUCUGUAGUUUCGGGAAAUUUACCUGCAGGUGCUGUGGCUCAAAUGCGCUCCAGAGGUAAAAAACUUGACAAUAGUGGACCUUUACCAUUCUUUGCCGCUGGCAUAAGUGCUGUUAUACACCCAGUUAAUCCUAUGGUACCAACAAUACAUUUUAAUUAUAGAUAUUUUGAGGUUAAAAGUGGCGAUGAAACUCAAUGGUGGUUUGGAGGCGGCACUGACUUAACUCCAUACUAUUUGAAUUCAGCAGAUGCUGUUCAUUUUCAUCAGACGUUAAAAGAUGCCUGUGAUAAACAUGACCAAACCUACUAUCCAAAAUACAAGAAAUGGUGCGAUGACUACUUUAACAUACCACAUAGAGGAGAAAGGAGGGGAAUUGGUGGUAUCUUCUUUGAUGAUUUGGAUACUCCUAAUCAAGAAAAAUGCUUUCAGUUUGUGAAAAGCUGUGCCAAUGCUGUGAUACCUUCAUACAUUCCUUUAGUUCAAAGACAUAAACAGACAAAAUAUACCAAUGUAGAAAGGGAAUGGCAGUUGCUGAGAAGAGGAAGAUAUGUCGAAUUUAAUCUUAUAUAUGACAGAGGUACUAAGUUUGGUCUUUACACACCUGGGGCAAGAUAUGAAAGUAUUUUGAUGUCUUUACCAUUAACAGCUAGAUGGGAAUACAUGCAUGCUCCCAAAGAAAAUACCCCAGAAGGAGAACUAUUGAAAGUAUUGAAGAAUCCUAAGGAUUGGGUGGAUUGUACGUGUAAAGAUGAAAAACAAUAAUUUUUUGUAGGGAGUUAAAGUCUGCUUUGUUUGCAAAAUCUGCUCUCUUUAAUCCCUUAGUUCCAUUUUUGUAAUUCCAUAAUUAAUAUAAGAAUGGUUUGUUU